CGGCGCUUGCGUCCAGUCUCCAGUCAUGGGUAUGGGUGCUGUUCCUUUGCAGAAAUUAAACUUAAAAGUUUCGUAGCCGCUGAACAGACGUUGUGUUGAACUAUAAUGUCUCGAUACGUUGCCAUUAAAAGUUACUCGCGCCGUUGGUAGCGCUGCUACCAUCAAGGCGACAGGAGUGAUCUACUAAUUAGAGAUCGUAUGCUGAUCGGCGCGAUAUUCGUUAGCGCCGAAGGUGAAGAAGAUAACAUAGUAGGCCUAAUCAUUUUUCUGUGACGGAUGAAAACAACGCUCUGCAGCAUCGGCUUUUACCGAAGUGAAGUGCUUGAAGUGUGAGUCAUGAGUCGUCAGUGCUGCAAGUGGAGUUGCCCGCACUGUACGUACGAGAACUGGCCUAAGGCGCAGCGUUGUGUCAUCUGCCAGAAUCCUCGGCCCACUCUAAUAGAAGAGGAAGCGUCCAGCGAAGAACGCGACAUUUACAAGAUGUCACCCCUGCUAUCCCCCGAUCCGGGCGACUCGUACCAAAAAUGGUCAUGCAGUCGGUGCACGUAUCUCAACUGGCCACGGUCAAGCAAGUGCACUCAGUGUCUGCAACCACGGAGCCUGCCAGGCGCUGCACCAGCCAGCCCGCCAUCGGGCCAGCCGCAGCAGGCCACGACUUCUAGUGAAGAUUCUGACAGCAGUACUGACCUAUGCUGCAAGUGGACUUGCCAUGCCUGCACCUAUGAGAACUGGCCAAAGUCACGAAAGUGUGUCAUGUGUAAUGUGGCUCGUCUGAAGGGUGACUCGGGAGCUGGCGAUUGCACUGCUGAUCCAGAUGACCAGCAAAAUAACUCUGCAGUUGUGUCAGUCUGUACUGGCGAUAGCAACUGUCUCACAGAAACAACUGAAAUUGAGGUGCAAGUUUCAGGAGAUGAAACCCCACCUAGCAACAACUACCUGUGCAGUUUGCGGCGACAGGUGCGGGAAGUGGAUAGGCUAUGGCUGAAUGCCUGUCGCGCUGUUGUGAACGGAGAUCCUGAACCGAUCAGCCGUUAUCUAAGCUCAGGUGGAGACCCUGCACGACAGCUGACUCAUGUCGAGGCAGGGCUGCUGGCUCGUUCUGCCAACUUCGAUCCAGGCUUCACCCUUGCACACAUGGCCAUUCGCCAAGAGCGUGAAGAUAUCUUGACUAUGCUGCUAUCAGAUUCCGGUGUGACUCACCCUGUUGCCAAGCGUGUUCCAUCAGAUGUUGGACGAGAUGCAGCUGCUGACAUUCGACGCCACAUUACUGCCUCUUUUAAACAGAAGAAAGGACCUUUUUCUUGCUACUUUGUGACUGAAUUUGUCACUUUUGCAUUACCCACAGAAAUCAGAGAGUUUCAUCCAUCUGUGCAGAAGGUUCUGUUUGAUGAACUACUGGAUCAGGAUGUUCAAAAAGAACUUGAAGAAGAUUCAGCCAUCAUCAACUGGAGCCUGGAGCUUACCGAGACGUUGGGCUCCAGGCUGUACGCCCUCUGGAAUCGCAGUGCUGGCAACUGUCUUCUAGACUCCGCACUACAAGCCACCUGGGGUGUGUUUGAUCGGGACAACUCGCUGCGGCGAGUUCUUGGAGACAGCUUGUGCGAGGCUGCCUCUGUGCUCUAUCCACGGUGGCGAGAAGCAGAGGCCCUCCAGGCUCGGUUGCUGCAUUUCUCACUGGACGAGGCACAGUGGCAGGAAGACUGGGCAACUCUUGUUUCCCUAGCUGCACAACCUGGAUCAGCACUGGAGCAGAUGCAUGUGUUCACUCUGGCUCAUGUGUUGCGGCGCCCCAUUGUUGUGUAUGGCGUCAAGUAUGUCAAGAGCUUUCGUGGCGAGGCCCUUGGCUAUGCCCGUUUUGAAGGUAUCUACAUCCCACUCCUUUGGGAGCCAAGUUUCUGCUGGAAGUCCCCCAUCGCACUUGGCUACACACGUGGUCAUUUCUCAGCCCUGGUGCCGAUGGAACCAGAACCCGAAGUGAUUAGUGGUGCUGGAGCUGACUCGCGGAAUGACCUGCAGGUGGCCUUCCUUCCUCUGAUGACAGCUGACCGACAGCUAUUGCCGCUGCACUUCCUCACUCAGGGAGAGGUUGGUCGUGAGGAAGAAAUUAUCAAACAGUGGUUUGACUGCUGUGUCACGGAUGGUGGCCUCCUUGUGGCCCAGCAGAAGGUACCCAGGAGUUCCCACUUGGUGCUACAAAUGGUGGACCAGUGGCUGGAGGCCUACCGCAAACUGUCGCCCCGCCAUCGGCUCACCGAUUCUCAGAGUGGCUACUCGAGUGAUGGUGAUUCUGAUCAAGAGUAACGCAUAUAUGUCCUGGUUGGGUUGUCACCUAGAGAAUUGCACAAUAUUUGAACUGCUAGCUUCCUCUGUUGCGUGGCAUGAUAACAGUAAGGGGCUGGCCAUGUCAAAGAUGUGUAAACUUGUUGCAAGAUAUUUGAAGCCAGCGACCAGCCAUUCUGUGCGAGUUCUACACUGUGCGACUGUCAUCUUCUCAUUAAAAGUGCCAAUUCCUUGGCCUUCGGCACAUUUGUGUGUUUCUUUGUUAUUGUUGUUUUCGUUGUGGGGUUUUUGUAUUAGUGUGUGCCCACACUUGUUUUGCUGUGUGCACUUAGCCAAAUAUAGUGGGGUACGAAGUUCAUGUUCAAUAAAAACCUCUUGUGCAGAACAGCAUGUGCACACGUCACCUAUGCAUACAUGUCACCUAUGCUCAUUAGCGUUCAACCUGCCGGUAUGGCCCUGCCACAAGUUUUCCUUUUAUGCAUGACUAGUUAUAUGACUAGUUAUAUGACCAGCAGGAUGUAAAUAGAGAGAAGUAGGCUGUUUGGAAGCAUUCAGAAAUUAGUCCGUGUAGUUUUGAAAAGGAGAAAGCAUGUCCUCUUUGGUAGACCUGUUGAUGUACAACUCGUGGGGGGUAGUGAUGAACCACUAUUUCCAAUUGAAGCAUGUUCUCUGCAUCUCGUGUACUAACUUGUUUUCAGUAAGUAGCGAUUACAGUUUUUGUGUAUUCUGUAAAAGCCUGCACAAAAGCAUCAUUUCGUGGGAUACUUAAGAAUACAGCAGUAACAAUGCCGAAACAUAGAAGCAGAGUACGUACAUAAAAAAUGCUGCUUAGCAGCUUCUAAAUAAGUGAAAUCUGUAAAUGCAUGAAAUGCAUCAUUUUGUGUAAAUGUUCUAAUACCAUCCCUUCAAUGAGCUGAUGCACAUUAGUUUAUAUCAUUGGCUUAUCCUUGUGACAGAUCAGCAGUUUCAUGUUAGAUGUGCCAUUAUAAUUGUAUAAUGCUUGUCUCAUUGAGCCUUUCCUGCCCAUAUCUGUGUGGAAGCAUAUGUACAGCUGCCAGGAUGGUUAACAUUAACAUUCUGCAGCCUGGCCUGGAUUGGCUUGUAUGGAUGCCAGUGCCACCAUGAAAUGGUGGUGUGUGUGUUUGUGGUAGCUGGCAAUAGCUUGAGUUGUCGAUAGCAGAUGCUCUCUCCCCAUUGGUCGCACACAAGCGAAAGACAAGUUGACUAGUCAAAUCAAGCUGGCCAUCGCCAACUGCUGUGAAACAUGCCGAGAAACACAUAGUGGCACUGGGGUCAGUCUAAGCUGUUCCAGGCCAGGCUGUGAGCAUUCGUAUUGAGCAUGCUGACAAUUGUACAUUGGUCUCUCUAUUUGUUCAACAAUUUUUGUGCUUACCCCCGUAUUCUAAAGCAUCCCUUCUCUCAAUGCUCCACCUGGACACGGGAAAGUCUUAAGCAGCACUGCUCCUCAGCAGUAAUGGUCCCUGCAUAAAGCGAUUAUCAACAAAAACGUUUUGGAAGCGUGGCAGUGUGUCCAUUUGAGCAGUGGCGUUUUGCUCAUCUUGGUCGAGGAAAAGAUGAAUUUGAAGGGAGGCUCUUUUAAGAAUAUGGGGGUUAGUUGAGCACUGGGUGCGUUAGUGUUGCAGACUACCGUAAAAUGCCCAGCAAGCACCCCCUCCCCUCCCAACAGUGAAAGAUAAUCUGUCCAGAUUUGGAAGGGGGGCACUUGCUUUGUCCCGGACCGGUCAUUGGUGCUUAUUUGGCGUUUACAUUUAAUCCUCAUUAUAACAAAGCAGCAUCUUACAAGAAAAUAAGUUCGUUAUAUUCAAAAAUGUGUUACAAAGCUUCUUCUAAACACUGCAUCUAUUGCAAAACCAUUUUUCAUAAACUGCGUUAUGACCAAUAUUUUGUUAUAUCCGUGUUCGUUAUAUUGAAACCUGAGUGUAUUUCAGAUCUCUCGAAAAAGGGAAGGGGGGUGUGGGGGUGCUUGCUUGAAGGUGGAGGGGGAGGGUGCUCGCUCGGCAUUUUACGGUAUACUGUGCAGCUCAAUAAUAUCUAAGUUGUUUCAACUAUGUCAGCAUUGUCUCCAGCAAUUAGAAUAACUGCACCUGCUUUUCCACUUAAGUGGCUCGUUUCGCGAACUACUGUGCACACAGGCUGUGUUUCUUUCGUUUUUGAAAACCUUGGUUGAUAGAUAUUUCUAAACCAUGUUACAUUGUGUACAUCACGGAGUAAUUGGAGUACAGAGCACUUAUACCAGUCUCUGGGCUUCUCUGAAGAGGGCACAUUGCUCUGAGCUCUAACCAUGUUGAAGUACUGUAACAGGCUGUAGCACUUAGGCCCACAGACUGCACAUGACCUUUUGGCACUUUUGAAGCAAUCAAAUGUGUGCCUUCUAUACCAGCUGGACCAGUUAUUGCACCGGCCUUCUGAGUGGUCAGGGUCCUUGCCGUCCCAUUUCCACCCUGCUCUGACCUCCCACCCCCACCUCUCACCCUUUCAACAUAUGAGUGUGCAGUCGAAUAAUACAGGCUCCAUCAGCACUGCAGUCAGUGCAGUUAUGUUUUCGCCGCUUUAGAGUAUACAUUUAUUUGCGAAGUUGACUGACCUAGUGGACAGUGUCAGCUAAUGUGCAAUGCAUUAGGCAAGUAAUAUAUUUACGUAUACAUGUAUCGGUAUGUGUAUAUGUACAUAUAUACUGACACAAUGUAACUGCUUUACUUUACAAAUUUGUGUGAUAAUUUUUUUCAAGAGUGAGAAAAAGAAUAAGUAUGUGUGCUUGUGGUGCUCAUGUGGGUUGUGUGCAUGUGUACAGUGUAAUAAAUGCAAUCUAGAUUUAUAUCAUAGUUGUAAUAUAUUGCACAGCUUUACAUAUAUUAUAAAUAUAUUGCACAUACUGAAUUGUUUUAAUGAUGACUGUCUCCAGUCAUAAAAAAAUUAAGGAUUUGAGACAAAAUUACAAGUUCUACACAGCAUAGCUUUGAUGGACAUUGUUUGCUGUGUGACAAUUGCCCUUGGUGUGUUUAUUUAACUAAAUAUUAGUGUGUGAGAUAAACAUGUUAAUGUACUUGUGCUAAUUGCAGAAUUGAAGCUGGUCAGUGCUUCUAGGCAUGUUAACCUCAUUGAAAUUAUGAGAAAGCAGUGCAGCUCUUAGAAUCGCCACCUCGAUCUCUGGCCACCUUAAAUUUUGCAAAUGCGACAUGUGUCAGAAAUUCGUUUGUGAACUCUAGCUUAUUGGCCUUUGUCACACAUUUUCUGGGGUCCACCACCAUUAAUCUUGGCCAGCAUAAAAUUUCUGAGCUCUCCACUUUUUAGUAAUCGGGGAUGGCUGUCAUGGAAACACCCAGUUCGUGAAUUAAAUAUAAACGUAGCUGGAGCACCCAAUUUUAGUACUUCCCUCAAUGUGUAUUGUUUGAAAACGGCAUUGAUCUGGUUUUUGUUUUUGUUAAGUAUUGUGUGUUGUAGUCAUUACAUGCGCAGAGGUUCCUGCGCUGGGUGUCUGAUGUGAUUCAGUUUUUGUUUGAAGUUUUGUUUUUGUAGUUGUUUCAGAGUGGUUGCUGUGUUUUAGGCUGUGAAUUACCAUUUUCUUAUUUGUGCAAAUAACAUAAAGCUGUUUGUUCAGCACUCCGAGUACAAGUUCCAUUUUUUAGAAGCACAACAGUUUGAAUUGCAUAGGUAGCAGUGUUCAUAUAUAUGCAGCAUAGAUAUUAGUCUAGCUGUAUAUUGACAGGAAUCUAGGUUUUCACUGGCCAAAUAAAAUGUUUAACAUAUUUA